UUCAGUUUGUUUAGAUUUGUUCUGAUUAUUAUGCACUCAUGCCCUUUGCCUGCUGUAAAUUCCUGGAUCUCUUGUAAGCAUUUUCUUUGAACUGACUUCCUCAUAGAGCAAAUCUUCCCUGCAGAGUACUGUUUGAAGGCAAGAGCACACCACAGAGCCAAAUAUCUGGUUCGCAUUCAGGACACUGAAUUUUCCAAACUGUGUGAACUUGGGGAUGACAAUGAAAUACUUCCUGUAUCUGGCUGCCGCUGUUGGUUUCCUGCCUAUUUUGAUUAUAAGAGCAAAACCAGCUCCAGUUCCAUAUGUUCCAUAUAAUACACUCCUCACUGAAUUGGCAACUGUCCAAGAAGAAAUCGUUACUGUACAUAACACCCUCAGGAGAGGAGUAGUUCCAUCAGCCAGAAACAUGCUGAAGAUGGAUUGGAGUGAAGAAGCUGCACAAAAUGCCAGAAUGUUGUCAAAGCAGUGUGAAUUAAGAGAGAGCAACUCAAUUAAGAGACGAAUUACAAAUACUUUUUGUGGAGAAAAUAUGCAUUUGACAACUUAUCCUAUCUCAUGGUCAAAUGUAAUUAAAAUCUGGUACAAUGAAUCUAAAUAUUUCAAGUACGGGGAAUGGACAUCAACGGAUGAUGACAUAACAUUUGAGCAUUACACUCAGAUUGUUUGGGCCACUUCUUACCUCAUUGGCUGUGGAAUAUCAUCAUGCGACAAAAGAUUGUCAACUCAGUAUCUCUAUGUUUGUCACUAUUGUCAUGAGGGAAAUGAUCCUGCCAAAAGGGAUAAACCUUAUAAUGCAGGAAGUCCAUGUGGGGACUGUCCAAAUGACUGUGAAAAUAAACUUUGCACUAACCCCUGCCUCUACUAUGAUGAAUACAGUAACUGUAAGACACAAAAACGAAGUUUUGGAUGCAGAUCCCAGUCAGUUCAACAGUUCUGCAAAGCCAGUUGCCUCUGUGACAAGGAGAUAAAAUAAUUUUUGUUAUUUGCAACUAUAAUGUGCUGUUGGGGAAAUGUCUGCUGGAUUACAUCUUUUACCUUACUUUGUUUCAGUAGCUUCUGCUAAGUUUCAUUUGGUUUUAAUUACACCUGAGAUCCUAAAUUUUACUAAUCAUAUAUGGGCAUCCAUAGAUUUACAUCAAUGCUGGCCACUUUGACAAUAACCUCUGCUAGAGGAGGGUCUUUUUCCCUGUUAACUCCUUCCCCUGCUUUCCCAUGUCUCCAACCUUCCUGAUGUUGUCUUCCCUGUCCAACUAACAUGCACUGUAAUUCUUUAUUCCAUAACUUUACUUCUAUUUUAAAUUGGUCAUUAAAAUAAUCCACAAAGCAAA